AUGGGCUCAGAACCCCAGUACGCAAAGUACCCUCUCCUUCCUCUCGCCCAGCAUGUCUUCGCCCUCACAAACGCCUACGCAUCCCGGCCAUCUCAACAAUCCGCUGCGAAAGCUCUCAAUGAUGCCAUCACCGAGCACAAGAUGGCACCGCUCUACCGGUACCUCGCACACCCCCUUGAGGGUAUUCUGAACCAAGUUGGCGAGGGUGGCAGUCAGACCCCCGGCAAGCCGCUGAGUCGGAAGUCGAGUCUGGCGGGCAUGAUUGCCACCAAGACCACCCCCACCGCAGUCAACCUACCCUGGGAUGAGGCCAGGUACCAAGAGCUGAAGGCCGACAACGACAAGGAGUUGGAAGAGUUCCAAAAGGAAGAGGAUGAGGCCGUUGAGAAGGCUGGCGAGACGGAGAUCCAGGCCGCGCGGGGCAAGCGCGCGGAGUUCUGGGCCAGAGUCGGUGACAAGGACCGGGCGAUCGCCGCAUACGAAGACGUUUUCGAGAAGACCGGCAUCCUGGGCACCAAGAUCGACUUGGUUCUCGCAAUAAUCCGCAUGGGGCUCUUCUACGGCGACAAGCUUCUUGUCAAGAAGCAUGUUGAACGCGCAAAGACCCUGGUUGAGUCCGGUGGUGACUGGGAUCGUCGCAACCGUCUCAAGGCGUACGAGGGCAUCUACCUCUUGACCGUCCGGUCAUACAACUUGGCCGCCCCGCUCCUGCUCGACAGCUUGUCCACCUUCACCAGCUACGAACUCUGCACCUACUCCUCCCUCGUCGUCUACUCCGUUCUCGCCGGAUCUGUGUCCCUGAAGCGUGUCGACUUCAAGAGCAAGGUUGUCGACGCCCCCGAGAUCAAGGCCAUUCUGGGUGAUGGAGAGGACAAGCUCCUCGCUCUGUCUGGUGCCCUCAGCGCCGGUCCCGGUGCCGACGACGCCAUGCACGACGCACCGCCCGCCGCUGCCAAGACGGCGGUGAACCUGACGACUCUCGGAACAAGCACCGACCAGCCCGAGGCCGAGAUGGCUAUCGACUUCUCGCCUUUGGCUCAACUUGUCUCCAGCCUGUACAACGGCCAGUACAAGUACUUCUUCCAGGCUCUCGCCCAGGUUGAGGAGUCGUUCCUCACUCAGGACCGCUACCUCCACGAGCACAAGAACUGGUUCAUCCGUGAGAUGCGUCUGCGCGCCUACCAGCAGCUCCUCCAGAGCUACCGUGUGGUUGGCCUGGAGACAAUGGCGACCGACUUUGGCGUCACUGUUGACUUCCUGGACCGUGAUCUCGCCAAGUUCAUCGCAGCGGGCCGCAUCCCCUGCACAAUCGACCGCGUCAGCGGCAAGGGCGUCAUCGAGACCAACCGCCCCGACGACAAGAACAAGCAGUACCAGGACGUCGUCCGCCAGGGCGAUCAGCUUAUCACCAAGCUCCAGAAGUACGGCCAGGCUGUGCGUUUGAGAGGAAGCGAGCGGGCAUAA